ACAAAACCAGCUACCCGUGAAGAGAGAUAGUUUGAAAAGCAGCGAUGGAGAGCGGGAGAAAUCAGCGGGCACCUAGAUGCAUUAGAGAACUAACGGAUUCUGUUGGGAACGGAGGGGUGCUGAUUUCUUAACGGCUUUUCGGCAAAACAAAAAGAAAAAAAUAAGGUGAAAGUGGAGCUGGCUGUGCACCAACCCUUGGGAGUUGCGAGUGAGCCCACCAGGUUUUUAAGAUUUAAACCCCUUUGGCCUGCACUCUUGUUUUCGUUGCUCGCCCCCUCUUUUUCCACCUGUCGGAUUUCCUACACUUGAAAUGCCCCUCUAAAGAGGCAAAAAGUAUUUUCUAAGCCUUCUUUUUUACUACCCUAUAUUUUCUUGUCGCAAUUCCGAUACUGUUACUCAGCGAACGUGCUUCAGGUACAGAGCAUAACCAAAUGAGAUUUUCAGACUCUGAACCUACAACGCCAGCCAGGUGGCCAAAUGGCGCCUCAGAAGGGGACCAGGCUUUCGCUGACCCUAUGCUGUUCGAGCAAACUUCUGCAGCAGGCGCCUUUUCGCACACAGCUCAAGCCAGUGGCAGUACGAGUCUUUCAACUCCCCUGCUAGCACCAUACUCCGAGCAAACAACCACAGCGGCGCUUUUGUCUGGUGGCUCCAGCACCUCUCCUUUCCUCCACACCCUGCCUCACCAGCAGCCGUCCCUCAACUGCAUCUCACCAGCCGACCUCCUUCUGUCUAUCAGUGCAGCCACAUCUGCCCCAGGCUCCACCAACCCGCAAGUGUACAGCGUGCCUUCAAUCUCAGUAUCCACUUCUGACGAACUCCAGGCGAGUGCUGGAGACUUGGUGCCCUACACGAGCGCUGGGAUACAAGCCCCACACGGCUCCGAGGCCAUGGUGCCUUUGAACAUGUUCAGCAACCUCCUGUACUUGAACGAGUUGCCGGGUAGCCAGGACGCUAGCUCGCAGGCUAUUGCAAACGACCUGUUUGCAAACAACGGCGUCCUGACCGCCAUGUCUUGGGAGCAGCCAAGCCCGGUGCAACCAGCCACUGCCAGUCCCCACGAGCUCAGCGUGACAGGCGACGAAUCCAAUUUCGCCGAGCUGAACAUUCAGACAGACGUUGCAGACUCACAAUUAUCCGACCAAUUUGGCUGGCUGCAGCGUGGCACUAUCCCUCUUUUGACGCCGCAGGUUGGUCAAGCUACAGGACACCUCUACCCUCGCAUCAAUAUACCACAUAGCCCUCGCAGCCUGCCGUCGCUCUCGCCUGCGCUGACUGACACCCACAUAUCGCCCUCGCCAGGCCUCCUUUCGCCCAUGGCCGCUAGCACAGCGGCCGCUCAUUAUCACCUACCGAGAGAAAAUGCCGGACACACAGCUGUGCCUGUUGCAGACACCAUACGUGCGGACAAUCGCAUUCUCUUGAGCCGCGCUGCAGGCAUUCUCCAGGCCGUGCGGCCAACUCAGAGCGGCCAGCUAGAAACACAGACGCUGGAUCCCCAGGCCCUGACUGCCGGCUCCCUUUCUGUGGCCUGGAACGCAGAUCUGAGCGUACCAAGCUCGCCGCUCUUUGGUGGCACGCCUGCGACUCAUGGGUCACCCCUUUUUGCGCUGGCCCCGGCAGCAACAACCAACGCCCAGAGCAUCCAACUGCUGGGGGCGGGAUUCAGCGACGCCCUAAUCGAUUCCCAAGCCAGCUUUGAGGAUAAUACAGGCAGGACUGUCACUGGCCAGCCUAUUCGACCCACUUUGCUUAGAGAGGAUGGCCGAAGGAACCUGGUAGCACGCGACGAGGGGGCUGACAACACCCCUUACAGCGACGGUCAGCAGAGCAGCUCUCGCCACAUGACGACGCCGAAACAGCGCAAGGCUUAUUACAAGUGGAUUAUCGCGAAUAUCCACCACCCGUAUCCAGAGGAUCACAUCAACAGCGAGCUGAAUAUCGACAACCAGAGAACGAGCCAAUUCAGGUACUGGUUUGCCAACACCCGUAGACGUCAGAUGAUGUUAAUUAGCGGCAACCGCUACAGCGGUGUCUGGGGUAUCAGACCUGCCUUUGAGCGUGCCUGUCGUCGGGUCGGUAUCAGGAUCCCAGAACACAUUAAGCGUGUGCCGAAUGACCUGUGAACAGCUGCGAUGGCGCUGCAUAUCCCUUACCUAUAUUCUUAGCUACCAUUAUCUCUUCUGUUCAUUCCCUCCUCUUCUCUCUGUGCAUUGCCUAUAAUUUUAUUAGCUUUCUCUCCUGUUCCUUUUGUCAACAGAAUAUUUGUUUGUUGCCGCA